AUGAUAACUGCACUUUUGCAGGAGAGGGGCAACAGGACGACCAGGAGACUGUUUUUGUCCCCCCUGACGGAGGAGCUGGGGACAAUCACGUCCGUCUUGGGCACUUGGGCAAAGCUGGACUCCGCCUUCUCCAAGUCGUCUGUGCCCACGGCCGGCCUGGUUGGAUUCCUGUCCGAUGCGUCGAGUGAUGCCACGUGGGACGACGCGUACCGCUGCCUGAACGCAGUUGUGAAAAAUGCAAAGAAGUUCGACAAUGGCUUUGAGUUCACUGGACCCGAGUCCGGCGGAAUGUGGCCCGUGAACAUGUGGGACUAUGGUAAUGUGUACGGCUUUGUGAAUUACGCGUUCACGCUGGUGGCGACGGUGACCAUCCAGCAGGCUCCGAAGGAGAGCGCGCCUCUGCUGGGUGCGAGUCUGGAGGGCUAUGGCAGCACGAAGUUCGUGGGGCUGGCGUGCACUGCGAAAAGUGGGAGACGGUCUUCAACGGCGCGGCAACCGCACCCAACGGCAAUUGGGAGCCGGGGAAGGAGUACCAAGUGGCGCUCAUGCUGCAGGGCAACAAGGGCUCCGUGUACGUGGACGGCAAGCUCGUGGGGAGCUCCGACGCGCCGCCAACACCCGAGGCACGGGGUUACGAAAUCUCACACUUCUACUUUGUCGAGCGCUUUGAGUUCCUUGGCACUCAGCGGGCGGUUGUACAAAAGUAAGUUCGUCACCGUCACACCGCCGCCUCUGUCAGUGCCGUCACCCUCGUCGUCUCCAAAGAAGAUUACUCGCAAAGCCAAACAGACGACAGCUUCCCGCGCGCGGGUGUGUAUUGGGUGCUGCUACUCCUGCUGCUGCUGGGACUAUGGGGCAUUGCGGCCCUCUCCUGAGUGA